GAGAGAAAGGGAGCCGAAGAGAUCCAAGCUCUUGUUUUAAAACUCACACCUUCCGUUAUGACUAAGUGUGCCAAGAAAUAUCGAAAAGGAGCUGUCAGACUGAUGACCAUGGAAAUGGUUGAACAGGAUGACAAUGCAGUGGAUUCUAUGACAGAGAGAAGUGCUGGUCACCUUCAGAACCAGCCAGGCCAAAGUCAGAUUUCCUCAGGAGCUGAGGUUUCUGUAGCUGCUUCCAGUGCUGGAAGAGGAUCUCCAGCUGUAACUCUAGUGCAGUUGCCUUCUGGUCAAACUGUUCAUGUCCAGGGUGUCAUUCAAGCCACACAGCCCUCAGUCAUUCAGUCACCACAUAUGCAAGCUGUUCAGGUAGCAUCGAUUGCAGAUGAAGCUGCACAAUCAGAAGUGAUAAUUGAUUCUCAAAAACGUAGGGAAAUACUUUCAAGAAGGCCUUCAUACCGAAAAAUUUUGAACGAGCUCUCAUCAGAUGCUCCUGCGGUAGCAAAGAUUGAAGAAGAAGAGAAGUCAGAAGAUGAAGGAACGCCUUCUGGUAUUUCUGCCAUGGCCAUGCCAACCAGCCUGUAUCAUACUAACACGGGGCAAUACCUUACCAUAUCUCAAGGUGGUACAAUUCAGACUGUGACAAAUUCCGGAGCUCCUCAGCCAGGUGCUACCAUUGUGCAAUAUGCAGCACAGUCAUCUGAUGGCACACAACAGUUUUUUGUUCCUGGAAGCCAAGUUGUUGUUCAAGCUGCCACUGGAGACAUGCCAGCUUACCAGAUUCGAACUCCCACUACUACCUUACCUCAGGGAGUGGUUAUGGCAGCCUCGCCAGGGACUUUGCAUAGCCCUCAGCAAAUGGCAGAAGAGGCAACACGCAAGAGGGAGCUGAGACUUUUGAAAAAUAGGGAAGCUGCUAAAGAAUGUCGACGUCGGAAGAAAGAAUACAUUAAAUGUCUGGAGAGUCGUGUUGCAGUGCUAGAAGUUCAGAACAAGAAACUUAUACAGGAGCUUGAAACCCUAAAAGACAUUUGCUCUUCCAAAACAGAUUAGUAAAAAUAUUUAUUAUACUGUGAACUAAGAUAUGUCCAGUUGCUUUUUAAGACAAUACAUAGCCAACAUGACUUACGGCUUUCUCUUUGUGUCAUUUAUAAUAUAUUCCAACUCCUAACAUUCCUGAAUGCUUUCCUGCUUUUUGUCAAUUCAUAGCUCUAAUUUCAGGUUUUUCAUGCACCAUCCUUCUGUCUCCCAAGGAGCCAAAUGUUAAAAAAUAUAACGAAGUAAAAAAGCGCAUAAUUUCUAAGAGCUGUUUCUUUGCCAUAUAUUUACAUACUACUUUUUACAUGUUAUUGACUGUCCUGCACAUUCAAAAUAUUUUGCAAUUGUUUUAGAUGAAUCAUAAAGAUGAUGCAUCCAGUAAUACAAGAAAAUCAAACAACUCAAGGUAUCUCAGGAAAGAGUUUAUAAAAGAAUGUUAUGAUUAUAUGUAUGUACUAGCAUACUAGUCUACAGAUUAUUUUAUGGCAUAUUUUUAUAUUAGUUGCUUUGUGGAAAAAAGUAUUGUAUUGCUGUCACUGAGUGCCAUGGUUAAAGAUAGUUUUUAAUAGAACCAUGUUGUUUAA